AUGCCACCGAGAGAUUCAGAUUCACAGCCUACCAAUGGGGAUGUGAAUGGGACCACCAGUGGGAACCUUGAAGCGGUAUUAAGGACUGAAUCUUCUCCCAAUCAGACUUAUGGAUCUACUGGUGGGGAUGGACCACCCCACGUGGAUAUCAAUAUCGAAACUAGCGAGUCGCCUGAAGAUGUUGACCUGAAUAAACCUCAGACAUAUCCAUCUACACCGCAGGAGCUUUCUGCAAACACUAAUGAAAAUAGUCUAUUGUUACCAAGUAGCCGUGGUCAUCUGGGUGUGAACGAUGACGAUGACGAUGAUGAUAGAAUGAGCAAAAUCAUCAAAUUGGCCAAACGACCAAGUUUCAUUUGGAUAUUCAGUCUAGGAAUCUUAGCUCUCAUCAUUUUCCAGUUGACGUUUUUACCAAGGACUUCCUUAUCGAGAGAUUAUAGACGUUGGCACGGUAUACAUUUGACUAAAUCGGACGUCAAGAGGGAUUUUUUACAAUUUACAGGAAUCGGAAAUAGUCAUCGCGAUUUAACCACAGAGGAGUAUAUCGACAAUUGGUUAUAUGACUUUACAACAAUCAACAACAAGGCAAAGUUUAAUCUAUUAUCUGAUAAUAACCCAGAAUUAAGUCACUAUGUGGAAUCCAAUUUCAACAAAUUCGGAUUCGAUACAGAAAAGUACACUUAUGAAGUUGACUUGCAGAUUCCUCGCGCAUCCUUUAUUAAACUUCAUGAUGCCGAAGAUGAUGUGGCUUACCUGGCUGAAGUCGUAGAGCCAAAAUACAAGACUCCUGGGUUUUUUAGCUAUGGAGUUGCUGGAAAUGUCACUGCUGAAUUUGUAUUCGUCAACCAUGGUACUCCAGAUGAUUAUGAUUUGCUAAUUAGCCACAAAAUUGAUUUGAGGGGCAAGAUUUUCAUCAUCAAGAAUCACCUCCGAGAGCAAAACACUACAGUUGGUGAAAAGUUGGCCUUGGCUGAGCAUCUAGGAGCAGUAGGAGUUUUGACAUAUUUUGACUCGGAUACAUUGGGGAAUGAAGCGACAAAAUCGGCCAGUAUCAAUGUGGCAAUCGCACGUGCUUGCAAUAGCGAAGGAGUGAAAAUUCCCGUGGUUCCGAUAAGUAAGAAAUUGUUACUUCCUGUGCUUGGCACGCAGCUGGAAACACCUUACAAAUCAUCAUUUGAAAAAUGGGAAUAUACGCCAUCCCCAAAUUCGAAAUUCAAAUUGGAACUUUGUAGUGUAUUUGAGAAAUCCAAGUCUGCAAAAUUGACAAACAUUGUCGGCACAUUGAGUGGAAUCAUGAAUGAUGCUGAUGUCAUAAUUGGAGCUAGACGCGAUUCGCUAACUUCAAACAAUCCAUUAUCUGGACAUGCAGUCAUGUUUGAAAUUAUGAGAAAUUACCAGCGAUUGAUUGAAAAGGGAUGGAAACCAUUGAGAAAUAUCAAAUUUGUGUCUUGGGAUGGGUCAAACAUGGAUUCAUUGGGUGUCAAGUUGUUCACAAACGAUACUUCUGUGUUUAAUCCAAAAAGAUCGGUGGUUACUUAUAUCAACCUUGAUGCUGAUACAGUGACUGGAAGUAAAUUUGACGUGGAUGCCAAUCCAUUGCUCAAUCAUUUGUUGAAAAAGACUUCAAAGUACAUCCCCAUUCCAAAACACGCAGGUGUUUUAAAGACAUUGGGUAUAGAUUCUGAUAUGAGUACACUCGAAGAUCAAUUUGGAACUGAGUUUGACGAUCUGCUGUAUGAUGCUGGCAUCAAUGAUGGCGAUAACGACGAGGAUGAUGACGAUGAUGAUGAUGAUGAUGAUGACGAUGAUGGAGGAGAGGAGUAUACAACGUUGCAUAAGUAUUGGAAGAAGCAAGAUAAUGCAACAAUCAACAACAAUCUAGGUCUUCCCUUGAUCAACUCCGAAGCAAGGAUCUUUCAACAACACUUGUCCACUCCAAUAAUCAAUUUGAAAUUCAGCAACGACGAGAAAAGGGAUAGUGCAAAAUACAUUGCCAACUCAAACUAUUACUCUAGAGAUUGGUUGAUUAAAAAAGAUAUAGACAAGGAUUUGUUAUUACACGGGUCAUUAAUCAGGUUUGUGGGGCUUUUGGCUAUCAAUUUGAGUGAGCAUGAGGUUGUUGAUUACAAAACAUACAAGUAUCUCAAAUUAAUUCGCUCACUAUACCUCCAGUUAUUGGUCAAAGAACAGGCCAAAUUGUUUAAGUGGAAGGAUAAUGUUGUGUCCAACUAUCUCAUUUACAGAAAUUCCAUUUUUCAGGAUCUCGACACUGACGAGGAAGUCCACUUCUCCCAAAUUGUGAAUCAAUUCACACUUUUGAUGAAUGAGAUUGUACAUCUGUCCAAGAGCUUUGAUAAAUAUAAUGAGCGCGUUGAACAAGGAUUGAGCCAGGAUUACCCAUGGUACAAGUAUUACAAGAAGUUGCAACACUUUGCCCAGUUUAAACUUACCAACUACAAACUCUCGCAUUUGGAGAGGGAUUUGCAAUUGAGCAGUCAGGAUUAUGCGUAUUUGGAGAGUAAGGAUCCCGAACAGAGAACUAAGGCAACCUCAAGCUCUUUCAACAAUGGUCAAAGAAUUUUGUCUCCUCAUGGGUUGAAAGGAAUCUUGGAUGGUUUAAAGGGCAACGAAUUUUAUUACAAUUCGGUGAUUUACUGUGUGCCAGAGUUCAAUGCCAAGCAUAACCAGACUUGGUAUGACGAGAGGUUGCUAAAGGGCACACUCACGUAUUUGUACGAUGCGAUUGAUGGCGAUGAUUACGAGUCUACUGUGAAGUGGUUUGUUGUGAUUUAUGAGAAGUUGACAAAUAUAAACUAUAAAAUGACUUAG